AUUCCAUUUAACAUUUUAUAUCAUUUUAUUUUCUUCUCGCGCCUUCUUCACUUUCCUCCGAAUCUCUCUGUCACUUUCCUCCGCAUCAACGAAACCCAGCUUGCCGGUUCCAGGCACUGGGCCAACUCGCGCAGGCUGUUCCAGCGGCUUUGGACCGACGAGGACGAGAUCGAGCUCCUCCAGGGAUUCCUCGACUACACGACGUCGCGGAGCUCCACGCACCACAUCGACACCGCUUGUUCUACGACCGGAUCAAGUCCAAGCUCCAGCUUGACUUCAAGAAGAACCAGCUCGUCGAGAAGCUUCGCCGUUUGAAGACAAAGUAUCGCAACGUCCUCGGCAAGAUCACCGCCGGCAACGUCCCGCAUGAUCUGGAGCAACGCCGAGAACGCAACCGUCCGCCUCGCCGUCGACGACGAAGAUCCCAACGUCAAAUACCCUAACUUCACCGACGAAAUAGGCGAGAAGCCGAAUUUGACCCGAAUUUUCCUUCCCAAACGCCACCAAUUUGCUCAUUCGGGAAGAAUUCAAUGGUUUCUCAUCCUCCAAAGAGUGAUGAUGAUGCGGAGGGCAAGUUGGACUCCGGAUUAUGUCAUGGUCGGCAUGGAUGGUGCUGGCAGCGAUAUGAAACUCUCUUCAGCAUUGGAAAAGAUGUUCAGCUGCUUUACAAUUGUUUAUUUGUUUAGCAAGAUUAAUACGGGAAUGGGCGGUUUUGGGAAAUGUUUAGUGCCAAAUGAUUUGUUUGGAUUGUGCUCUUCGGAAGAAUUGACGUUAUGGGCCAAUCCAAAGCAUUUCUAUUUUAAUUUGGGUGCAAUAAGAUUUGAAAAUCUUGUUGUGACAUUACGGGUUCUCAGUCAUUAUGCUCCAGGCCUAUGCAUUCGACGACUCAAUUUUGGCCCCCAUAAAAUCUGUAGAGGGAAGGAUAUGAGGAGCACCGUAAUGGGAUGGCUUCAUCACCGAACAAUUGACGACUUUAAACUAAUUGAUAUUCUGAAUGAAAUCAAUUGCAAAUGUGUGGUGGACAUAGAAGUGACGUUAAUUGAGUUGGUAAAAGAAGGUAUGAUUGUUGAGAAGGAACCUGAUGUCUACAUGAUAGAACGAAAACAGUUGCCUCAACGAAAUAACGAUUUCGUAAUUGAAUAUUUGAAGUAUGAAGGUAGAAAAGAUGAUGGGAAUGUUCAAUAUAACUAUAAGGCUGUGGAAGGAAUCGAUCUCUAUGGGGGUCACACUUUUUGCGGCCAAUUGGUUUUCCUAUUCACCGAGGGUGACAGCCCACACAAUGAGUGCUUGUUGCUCCUCCUGCAGCACUUGCAGCCUCCUCUGCUUUUCCCUUAUGUUUUCUCUGACAGCACCAAUGCAUUCUUCUGCAAUUGCUGCCGAAAUGGGGCAACUGAAAAAUGAAAUUCAAGAGCGUCGUAGAGUGUUAGACCUAUUUUUGAUAAAUGUUAAGAGAAAAAACAUAAUCCAAAAGAUUUAUUCGUUACUACUACAUAAAGCACUACAUUACAUAAACAACCACAUGCCUUUACUAGAGCUUUAAAAGCAUUAUGCUAACUACAUGAAUUAUUUAAAAAACAUAAAGUCACUAAUUUUUUUAAUUUCUUCUAGUGGUUUUCCUGGUCACCGAGGGUGACAGCCCACACAAUGAGUGCUUGCUACUCCUCCUGCAGCACUUGCACCCUGCUUUUUUUCCUUAAGUUCUCUUUGACGGUGUCAAUGCGUUCUUCUGCCCUUGUUGGAUCUCUUGCUCUUAACAUUUAUCAAAAAGAGGUUUAGCACUUUACGACGCUCUUGAAUUUCAUUUUUCAGUUGCCCCAUUUCGGCAGCAAUUGCAGAUAGCCUGUUUGUAACAGACUAUAUUCUCAUUGAAAAGAAACCCGAUCUUUACAUGAUACAACGGAAGCAGAUUACUUUUACAUUGGAAUGGACAGCUUUGGGAAAUGUUCUAUGAGAUAUAAGAAGCAUCGUUAUGGAAUGGCUUCACCUUCUAACAAUUGAAGACUUUCAAAUUGUAGAUAUCCUUGCAAAUGUGUUUACCAUUAAAGGAGUUCGUCAAAAAGCCAAUCUUUACAAAGAUAAAGUGGCAACAGGAAGGAUUUCACUAUCAACAUUAAAAAGAAAUGAGAUUCUUCUUUAUAAACUACAAGGUUGUGGAAGGAUUUAAUGUCUAAACUGGGCAGCAGACUAUACGUCGUGUUGCCACUUAGCAGAGUCCUGUGUUUUUAAUAAAUAGUCGCUACCCCUUUCCUAAUCAAAAGAUAGGAGUGCACCCCUUCUUCCUAAGUUACGGGGUCAUUUUGCCGAGUUCCUUCGACAUGGUUCUCUCAAGCGCCCUAGUCUACUCUGCUUGUUCACCUGUGUCGGUUUGGGGUACGGUCAGUUCACCGGGAGGAUCGCCCCACCAAUUCUAAGUUUUUUCCUCGUGGUUUCAACCUUGUUGACUAUGACAACAGUUGCGACUAUAAACAGACCAAGGAUUCUUUCUGGUGCGAAAUUUAUUUACUUAUUAGUGGGUA